AUGUGGUGCCAUUCGUGCAAGGAAGGGUACGACGAGGAGGACGCCGGGACCUGCAAGGAGUGCUACGACGAGGCCAGCGAGACGGAGGAGGAGCUCAAGCGCGAGAUCGACGAGCUCCGCUCCCGCCUCCUCUUCCUCCGCCUCCCGUCCCCCACCCUCGACGCCGCAUCCGCCCCCAACUGCGACCUCCUCCUCCACGCCAUCCCCUCCUGCCCCUCCUCCUCCUCCGGCGCGGGAGGCGACGGCGAUGCUGGGCGCGCCCCCGACACACCCGCCGUCCCCGCCCACCGCGUCAUCCUCGCCAGCAGAUCUCCUGUUUUCAGAGCAAUGCUCGAAAAUGAGAUGGAAGAAAGUAGGAGUGGCGUCAUCAAAAUCUAUGAUGUGUCUUAUGACAUCCUUCGUGCUUUUGUCCAUUACAUGUACACUGCAGAAGCUCUUCUAGAUGAGCAGAUGGCAUCUGACCUCUUGGUGUUGGCUGAGAAGUAUGAAGUAAAGCACCUGAAGGCGUACUGUGAGAAGUUCAUAACAUCCAAAGUGAAUAACGAGAAUGCUAUUACCCACUAUGCCUUCGCGCACCGUCACAGUGCAAAGCAGCUGCUGGAGGCCUCGCUUUCUGUGCUCAUGGACAGCAUGUCUACGCUAGCGGAUCGCGAGGAAUACAAGGAGCUUGUCGAGAAGGACCCAAGGCUUGUUGUGGAGAUCUAUGAAGCAUAUCUCAACCGGCAAGUCAACACUGCAGCUGGGAAGGAUACAGAUUGUAGCAGCAGGAAGUGA